AAGAAAAAAAAAUACCAUAGCAACUAAAUGUAACGGGAACAUAACCUAUAGUCAGACCAAGCUAAGUUGGCAGCGGUUUUGAUAGCCCAAACGGUGCAAGUGUUAUUUUAAAUGUUAUUUUUUUAAGAAAUUAUGGCGUUUACUUAACACUUGCACUGUUUACUUUGGAAGUUUGGACUAUCAAAAUCGAUGCCAACUUAGCUUGGUCUGACUCUAAGUUAUCUUUCCUUGAUUCCAUAUAAUUCGUAUAAAUUUAUAACACGGCAAUACUAUCAAAGGCGUUUUUACAAUUUAAAAUAAAACUGAACGAAUCUGUUGCUAUGCAAUGAGACAAAAUACUAAAGGGAAUUAUGUUAUUUUUGAAGUUUUGUCUUAUUUUAUCCCACUCCUUUUCAAUUUAUUUGUUCUCGGUCACGCCAUCCACUUUACACACCGGUUAAAGAUGAAAAUCCCCUAUUCAAUGUCAAAUGUCAUUAUGUCAAAGUCAGUAGUAUGUCAGUACGUCAGUAGGGCCGGGAGACCUUGUCAAAGCAGACAGAAGUCAAUCUUUAUCCCGAAUUUAUUUUUUCUUGUCGCGUCCGCUCACUGUGCGCCGCGUAAACAGUGGUUCGCUGGAACUGGCCAGACCAUGGAAGUGUUUCCGAGCGCGCGUCGCCAAUCCUUAACGUCCCAGUGUUAAAUUCUAAUUCAAAACAGCCAUGGAAAUCGUAGACGUCGAAGAAUGCCAGCCGGACUCGUCGGUCACGACGAGAAAGAGAAGUUUGUGGGCUAAAAUUAACAAUAGGACAACGUACAGCUACUUGUUCAACAUAGUGAUUUCGAUAUUGUUGUUAACGUGUUUAGUGUUAAUAUUGUAUUUCUUUAAGGAAUAUUUGUACGCGAUAUUAGUGUGGGUGGACGAGCAGGACCCUUGGAUAAUUUUUUUGUUGUUUAUGGGGUUGUUCUUGAUCGUGAGUUUCCCAGUGACUAUAGGGUACUUGGUGUUGAUAAUUACGAGCGGAUACCUGUUCGGUAUCUUGAAGGGUCUGGGGACGGUGCUAGUGAGUGCUAACUUCGGGGUGGCGGUGGCACACUUCACGCUGAAGGCGCUGCGCGGGUUCCUGCCGCUGGACCGGCUGCUGAAGAACGAGACGGCGCGCGCGCUGCUCAAGGUCAUCUCGGGCCCGCAGGCCUUCAAGAUCGUCUUCUUCGCGCGCCUCACGCCCAUACCCUUUGGGCUGCAGAACACUAUAUUUGCUGUGAGCGACAUCCGAGGCUGCGGUUACCACCUGGCAACCAUGCUGGGGCUGUUCCCCGCGCAGCUGAUCAACGUGUACCUCGGCUCCACGCUGCGCUCCAUGCACGACGUGCUGCACGAGUCGCAUGCCACGGGCUACGUGGUGUUCGCGUGCCAGAUGUUAAUCGGUAUCACGCUCAUGGUGUGGGUGGUGGGCACGGCGCGGCGCGAGCUCGCGAGCGCGCUCGCGGCGGCCGAGGAGCGCCGCCCGCUGAGGUUAUCGUGCUGACGCGUUUGUUCGACAAGUGCGCGAAUCUAACGGGAAUAUGCAGAUCCUAAUCGGCAUCACGUUGAUGGUGUGGGUGGUGCAGAAGGCGCGCAAGGAGCUCACGCUCGCCAUCAUGGCGGCCGAGCUCGGCAGGGAGACCCCUUCCACGAGCAGCUCCAGCUAGCCCACGGCGCCCGAGGACAGCCCGGCCAGCCCCGUCAGCUAGCCAGACAGUGUGGCCAGGUCAGACAGCGCGGCCGACUGGCCAGAGGACAGUAACCCACGGAACGGAGAGGCGAGUGGUGUCUAUGAGUCCACGGCGCUAGAGGACACCGUGGCCAGUUCUGACAGUUAGCCAGAGUGUGUGUGUGUGGCCUGUCCGGCCAAAUAGCCAGAGAGUACGGCCAGGCAGCCAGCAUGGAAAGAAUGGCUAGUGGUGUCUGCUUCUCUAUAGACCUGAACACGAGUGGACCACCAGACAGUGAACCCUGCGAUGCCGCCAGGUGGCAGUGUAGCUAGAGUCAUGCUGGUCUAUAUGCUUGGAUAUAAUUGGGCCUGAAAGGGAGCGCACUUGCGUGCGAUCUGUGAUAUUAGACUAAGUAAAUAGGCACCCGCGAGAUCCUUAGAUGGUCACGCUUUUAUCGUCAAUGGGUCCUUUCAAUUUCCAACAAUAUAACUAAGGCCAAAUGACGCGUGACGAUAACAGUGCAGCCAUGAUUGUACAGGACGAUAACGAAGGUGGAAAAGAGAUGGACAAUAUGCGAUAGAUCGUAGUGGCGACGUUUUAAUAACCUCUGAGAGAAAUGCUCAUAUUUGACUUAUUCUUAGAACUCUUAGAACUUAUAUUGGUCGUUUAAACUGUUUAACGUAUAAAGAUAAAGAUGUAAUUUCAUGAUAUUAUCAAUAAUGACUUGUGAGAACUGCCAGUGAUCUCUUCAAUCUUUCUUAGGACCUUUUGUUUGACUUCAGUUUGAGAGUAGCGCUAAUGAGUCUUGUAAGAUGGAACCUGCAGAAAUUGCCCUGAACUCGUCCACGCGGUUAACUGUCGUAGUCGUAAAUCUUGUUGCAAACACGUCCAGCGAUGAUCAGUUCGAGCGCCCUUUGACCGCCAAGGACGUCAACUUUCACGCGCAGCUGCAGCCAAAUGUCGACCUUCGUGCAUUCCGACAAGGUUCACGAUGACGCGACAGGCGUGGCGUUCAAAGGGACCAAAGGGUUGUAUUGCUGCGGUUACUCAGUUGUUUACUCAGGGUUUUAUUUUGUCGUAGGAAAUACGUUGAACAGUAAAAGAUAAAACAUACCUACGCAAAGCUUGCCUCACUUGCCUGGCAACGGCAACUUAUUCAUUUAUUAUUAAAAUUAGUUGUUUUUUACAUCGUAAUGUAACAACGCCGAUUGAUAUCUCAGCUGAUUAUGAUACCUUGAUUGAAUUCCCCGAGUAACAUAAUCAAAAUAGACAUGUCUCUUUAACUUAAUUCUUGGAGAAGUAACAUCAGUGAGAGUGAGACAUCAUUCGACAAUGCCAUGGCUCUAUUUCCGAGUCAAUACAAUGUGGCGCGCGACCGUAGGCGUACACUGUACAGUUCGCAGUGGACAUGUUUAAUGUGUUGGAUAAAAAUGCGUCCGAUCGGCAUUCAGCUGGCGGCUCUCCAAGAUGCCACCGAGGCAGACCGAGCCCGCUCAUAAUGAUUACUCCGCUCUUAGGGCUGAUUCGAUUGAACGGGGCGAUCGGUGCAAUGGGGAAGGAGAGGCUAAUGGGACACGCUCUUCUAGGUCCCAUGAGUGGAUAAACUAUUUCUUGUUAUUUUGUCCCAUAAUUAAAUCCCAUAAUUAUGAAACAUGUUCUACUAAACGACUUAGUAGAUGAUCAAAUUACCUACUAUAUCUGCUAUAAAUUCAUGGUAAAGAAUGACUCAGGAAAAGGCAACCAUGGCAAUUAGUGACAGGAAGAAGUUGAUGAAUCCCCAUACUUUAGACAAACCUACAAUCAGAACCACCAGCAGUCACCAUAUUAUAAAUCAAUUCCACAACUUUUAAUAUUGGGAUUUAUCGGAAAACAGUUUCCCGUUUCGGAACAAUCACGGACGAAAUGUUGACUGAUUUUCGCAAAAAUAAAUUAAUAUUACGUCCCGCCAUGUAAAUGUAGCUUCUUUUAUGGCGGCCUAUUUUUAUUAUUGGACGUUUUGCAGAGAAACGAUGGAACCAAAUAGAUAUAAGAUGUGCUCACACGACAAACUCGACUUCAACAACUUAUAGAACAUAUAGCAAAAUGUAUAUAAACCGUAGUUUUUCCAGGCAAGAUAUACCUAUGUGUAAAUAUAUAACUUACUAUUUUUUCAAAAGUUUAAAAUUUUGUCUUUGUAGCAUCAAAAUACCUUAAACGGGGAUUUUUCUGAUAUUUAUGAAUGUUGCCAAAUUACGGCCGUAGGAGAAGAGAUUUCGUAUUUUAAUAUUUAGAGUUUAGGUACAUACGCUAUGAAACGGGGUUUCGAUAAGGUUUGUAUUUUCUAUGACUAUGUUCAUAUGAGAUUGCUCUAGGAAGGGGUUUCCCUUUCAGAGAUACCGCUCAAAUUAAAGGGUAACCCCUUCCUAAUUCAAAAAAUUGUGACACUUGUGCUGUCAACGCGCUAGACACCCAGUCGUUCACUUUAAACAUAAAUAAGCAAUAUUUGAUUCUAUUUUUACGAAGAGAAAGUUGAAAAUGGCAUAAGCGUUAUAAUUUAUAAUCGAUAACCCUUGAAGAGGUUAUUAGGGCUUAGGAACAAGUAUCAGCUUAUCCCUGUUAUCAAGCGCUUAAAAAGCCAAAUGAAAGGGUUUCAGUCAGUAACGGCUUUGGUAAGCAAAGCCUUACCAAAUACCCCUUCCAAAACCCUCGAAGGGGAUACCGGACCGGUCCCUGCUACAAUCAUGAUCAUGUUUAGACACAAAAUGACUAUAAAUGAUUUAUCAACUAGAUCAAUAUGAGUAGCAAAAGAAUGUGAACAUUAGGUAUUGUGAGCCUUUCAGUGGUUUAAUGAUGGUCAGAUAUUUUUGCUUCUUUGGUAACAUUUGGCAUUUAUUCUUAUGUGCUCGAGACUAAGUACGGAUAUGUUAAACAAUUAUUUAUUGAACUUAGUUUGUAAGUCCUUGUAAUGUAUCCUAGCAUUAGUAGGUGUUUAUAUUACAAUUAAUGUAUCCAAUUCAAAUAUAAGUAAGUUAGGAAACGCUAGGUAGGUCUUACCUAUCCUUAUCUACAUUGUUUUGCGUUAAUAAUAUUUAUUUAAGUCAUAAUAAGUUUGUUUUGGGUCAUAAUUAAUAUUUUAACUAUAACUACUUAAAAAUUUGUCUUUUGGGAUUAUGCUGACUGGGGCCGAAUUUUAAACUAAUUUACAUACGAUACGCGCUUUCUGCCCAAAGCCAUAUUAGCUUUCAACUAAACUUUGAUUUCAAUCUUAUAAUCUUGUUUUUGGCAUAAUAAUCUUUCGUCUCAUAAUCUAAAAUUCCUUGUUCUUCCUUUGAGAACGUUUAAGACUGAUUCGUUUCGUGUUUGAUUUAGUAGCUUUAUCUGCUUUGCUGUUACACACUGUUACUGUGACACAAUUAUCUCACCAUUCUUAAACCUUAAUGCCAAGGUGUAAGGAUUUAUAAUGGCAAGUUAAUAGUGUUUAUAAUAUGUAGUAGUCGCAGUACCAAGUGGCGAAUGAAGUUAUAAUGCCGUCUCUUUCAAUGGCGCAGUGGCGCUGGGUCUGAACACGCAUGAAAGAGAUAGCAGUAUGACUUCAGUCGCCAAUUGGUACUGCGGUUAGUAUAGUACCAUCGUCCACCCUGUUAUCUGACGAUUCGUGAGCCUUAUUGCGAGUACAUAAGGGUCACCGAUGGUCAGUGAAAUGUUGCUGUUGCUCGAGCACUCGGUAGCUAAUCAGUCGUUAUCGCUCGGUAGUUUUAUCGUUCUUAUCGCGGAAUAACAGAACUAACGAGUUUGCGAUUAGUUGCAUUCAUCUAAUGUUUCUCUUUGUAUGCGAAUCGCGUGACCUUUGGGUUUCUUGAAAAACAAAAACAAUAUGCUAUAGUCGCCAAGUCAUCAAAUUUUGCCAAGACUAAUGCAGUUUUGAUUUGUCAUAACUAAUAAGAUUCAAAAUGGAAUGGAAGACCUUUUUAUAGACCUCUGGGCGGCCAGAAGAUAUGUAAACAGUAAACACUCGGCUUUAAUGUCCCAUCACGAAAACAGCCAUUAGAGAGUAGUUUGAAUUUAAAAACGGUUCUUACGGCUGUUAUGCGUGGUGCGGUAUAGAAAAAUUUGUUAUAUAUCAUUUGUUUUAUAAGCUGGAGCUAAUAUAUAAACUAAUUACAGACAUAGAUAUACCUCGUGUCAUUGUAUGGGCAAAAUUUCAUUACAAUCCCAUAGAAAAUUUCAUUACAAAGCACAUUACAAUUUCACAGUUUUAAAAUGAGAACGAAAAUCCGAUUGUAUGGGAAGGUGAAAUUCGGCCGAGCUUGCUGCGCACUGUAGAUUGAAGGUGUUCUGGGAUAUUUGCGUUACUUCAAAUGUAUCUAUCGUACUGAGUAGAUAUUUCAAUAUAAAUCAUGAUCGUGAAGAAGUAAAGUUCAAUAUAACAAUUACAAAUUCAAUUCCGAACGCGUUUGUAAAGUUCCACUAACUGUUUGCUACAAGUGAAGGAUCUCGUUAUUCUAAAAGUUAUUGACUUAAAUAAUACAUCACAAUCACAAAGCGUUUUGAAAGACACCUUUUUAAGCUAUACCUUUACCUACUUAUAUUGUAAUUUUGAAUUUCUACUUGAUCAUAAUUAAUUAAUUAAUAAUAAUUUUGGAUUAAAUCCGAAGUCGGAGAAAGUUCGAUAAUUAAUUGAAGAUAUUCACAUUUAAGACUAAAUUAUUCAACCGAUCUUAUCUAUACUCUGGUCCUAUUCCAACUACCUUAUUAUCUCCUAUUAAUAUAGUCUCUUCUUGCAACGAAAUUCUAAAACUACUUAUUGUUAAAUUCGAAGUACUAUUACUUACCUAUAAUUCGUAUAAUUCUUUCCAUAUGCACGAUAGUGUGUGUAUGUAAUUAAGAGCCGAAUCUAUGUGUACAACGACUUUAUGCCAUGAACGUAUUUUCUGUACCGAAAGCCUCCUAUAUAUAACACACCACACCACUGAACUAUCACUUGCACACUCAUUAAGCCGAAAAAAGUGAUCAAGUUGCGGCGGCAAGCACCGGAAACAGGUACGUUUUGGCGUUCUAAAAGUUAUCUCAAAAGUCUCAGCGUUUCCACCAGAGAUGUGCGAAGAUCGUAACGAGUUAUGGUGUGUUCGUUAAGAACCAAUAGAAUAUUGUUCACUAUUGGUUCUUUACCGAACACAUCCUUCGCUACGCAUCCUUACACAUCUCUGAUGGAAAAUGGAUUUUAAAUGGAUUAUUACUAAGUGCACUAAAUUAUCUUAUAUUUAGAGCUAUUAUAAGAUAUAUUUUGCCACGCUUCGUCGUGCGUGAUAUUACUGUAGUUGAUAUACGAGUAUCUACAUGGCACCGUGUUUCGAAGGCAUAAGACAUUUUACUAAUGUACAGUCAGCAGCAGAAGUAACUACGUAUAAUAUCAUGUUCAAAAUAAUCUGCACAAAUUCUUACAAGCUUUUAUUUUUUCUCGUAAACUUUGUGCACACAUUUGUGUCGCAUCAUGGAACGGUCUUUGAAACAUCCUCAACACUUUACUGACAAUUUUAUUAAUUUAAGGCCUAUCAAUGGUCAUGUUUUUGUGUUUAUGGAAAUAUCUGCUGCUUACUUUCAGGAAUGGAAAAUGUGCUGAUUUACUGGAUUAAAAUACAAAUUAUUAAAGUCACUGACUUAUUUUUGCGCAUUGUCUGUUGCAAAAAGUUUACUUAUGUUGUAAAAGAUGUGAAAAGCGUAUUACACUACCAAAUUCCGAAGGCCCCCUUAGGUAGGUACUUAGAGCGAUGUAAUAAGUCCUGAAGUAAUAUAGGGCACGAAAGCUCGCAUAGUGUAAUACACUUGUUAUAAUGUCCUCCCUGUCUAAUAUUAUGUGUAAAUUACUGUAAAUAAAUACUUUUUUUGAUAUCGUAAAGUUCUGUGCCAAAUGUUUUUGUAAAUGGAAAUAUGUGGAUGUUAUAAAUAAUUGAUUCUGUAUAAAAGUUUUGAUCGUUAUCAGCUUCCGCUUGUUGGCUUAUCAAAUUAUUAACUUCCCCUUUAUAUAAAUAAUAUAUGUAAAUUGUAACCCCUAUAAGUGUUAGAGCGCUCAGAAUCUUGAAUGCUGUCAUUAUUUUUGUAAUAAUUAAGAAAAUAAACAAGUAUAAAUUAUACUAAAUGCAUUUAUUGUUAACGAAUUUAUUUUGUUGUUAUUAUUUUUAAUAUAAUAAUUGUUAUCUAGCGACUAUUUUGAGGAAUAGUAACAGUCACAAAGAAGUGGUGAAAUCGGAGCCUUAAAGUAAUAGGAUAAAUAACUAAUAAACAAUUUGUCUUAUU